CAUAUUAAAAUGCUCCCUCCUCUUUGCCUGUGCGCUCUUAGCUUAGUUAGCAGCAGCUAAACGCCAGUCUGCUUCUUACGUCCGCUACACUGACAGAGAGCAACGGCGUGAUGGAAAUUGACUCGCUUCAAGAGGCGCUCCGAGAUUUUGAUAAGAAGGCAAAGUCGGAGUCAUGUCCUCUUCUGGAACAGUUUCUAUGUCACAUUGCCAAGACUGGAGAGACCCUGGUUCAAUGGUCUCAGUUUAAGAACUACUUCCUGUUUAAAUUGGAGACGGUGAUGGAUGACUUCAGCGCAUCAGCACCUGAGCAAAGAGGUCCUGCGAAUCCCAACGUGGAAUCCAUUCCGUUUGAAGACAUGAAGGAGAGAAUCCUGAAGAUUGUGAAGGGUUACAAUGGAAUUCCAUUUACGAUCCAGCGUUUGUGCGAGCUGCUUACGGAACCGAAGAGGAACUACACAGGAACAGAUAAGUUUCUUCGGGGGGUUGAGAAGAAUGUAAUGGUGGUGAGCUGUGUGCACCCGACCUCAGAAAAAAAUGGAUGCAGCGCUGUCAACAGAAUGAACGGAGUGAUGCUUCCUGGGAACACGUCUGCUUUUACAGAGAGGAAAGUGAACGGCCCUGGAACUCCUCGGCCCCUGAACCGACCAAAGUUGUCUCUGGCCAACUCACUAGCGGCCAACGGCCUGCCGGACAGCACAGACGACAAAGACCUCCUCACAGAACAACAAGAAGAUGACGACAAAGACUCCAGUGAGGUUUCAGCGUCAGGAGGCUCGCUGAAGAACAAACACCAAGAAGACAAGGAGGAGGACAUGGAAGCUGAGCAGCAGGAGGUGAAGAGACUCAAGUUCAGCAAGAACGAGGAGGAAGAGGGUGACGACGACGACGAGGAUGAUGAAGAACAUGAGGCGGACAUGCUGAGGCCUUUGCACGCCAGCUGCCUCUCUAAAGAGGCAGAAGCCAUGGUCCAGGAGGACGACGAGGAGGAGAAGAAGGCCGGGUACGGCAGGGACAAUGAAGCCUCCAGCGGUGCUGCUGCCGCUGAGGACCAAGAACCAACGAGCAGCACGCAGGUGGAGGCGUGUGCGAGUUCCAGUCCGGAGGCUGAGCAGGCCGAGAGAGAGGUGCCAUGCGGCUCCCAGGAGGAGGGCAGUGACAUGGAUCAGACGGAGCAGCAGGCGCCUGCAGGCGUCCUGCAGAGCCCCGAGACCAGCAGAGACAGCGAGGAGAGCAACAGUGACCCCGUCAGCAGCAGCAGCAGCAGCAGCAGCACUAGUAGCGGCGGCGGCGGCGGCAGCAGCAGCAGCGGUAGCAGCAGCUGUAGCAUAGAGGAGAGCGCAGAAGCAACCAGAGAAGACGUGGCUCUCGCUCCCUCAAGCAGUACAUCUGAACCUCCUACAGAGGGCGCCAUGGAAAGUGCCACCUUGAACACUGGGACCACCGAGGAGCCCAUGGAGCAGGACUAGACUGAAGGCCCGCCCUCCCUGCCUCUCUCUCUGCAGCCAUGCGUGACCAUGAACCAGCUUGACCAUGAAUCCAGCUUGACUGUAACUGGGAAUGAGGACAACUAUACCUCAUACACAGGACGGACGCCUCGUCCCACUUUGGACGCUCCUCCAAAAAUGGCUCCCCGGCAUUGAUGUGGGCAUACAAAUAAAUUUUCAUUUGAAGUUUUUCUUUCUUUUAAACUGGAAUAUUUUACUGGUCUUCUUAUCCUCUGUUUUAAAGUUUCACUUGGUUGGUUUCAAUAGUUUCUUGGAUGGAUUUGACAUCUUUGUUCAAUGUAUUCGUUGGGAUGCUCGGCCGGUUCUUUUCUUCUGCCGCCAACACCGACAAUUUGGACAUUGUGAGAAGUCAACGCUUUGUUCCCCUUGUGCCCAGUGCGACACUGCCUGGGUCAGAACAGAACCACGCCCGCCCCAGAUUAUUCAUGAAAUGGAUAAAGAUGGGAGCUACCGCCAUUUCUGUUCCUAGCAACACCACCAACUAUAUAAUUACUCCACCAAGUUCCACCAGGCUGAGAAAAUGUGUUGUUUUAAAUUUGAUUUCUCUCUUCAUGAGAGGGGAGACUUUUUUUAUGUUUCCAUUGUGUCCUUAUAUCAUUUUAACCACAUUUUGUUUGCGAUGAUACACUACCAAUCCCACUAACAAUACAAUGACCUGCUACCUUGUUGAGGCGUCUUCUGUAGAAUGAUGCAUAAAAACCACCAUAAUUUAUAUGAUCAUUUCGAUUCAAUUGGUUCUUUUUUUUGGUUCUGUCUACCAGUUGUAAUUUACAAAACCAGCUGUAAGUACAAAGAUGACUUCUGCUUUCUUUGUAUUGUGAUGUCACAUGUUGUUUCACCGACGGAUACACGGAGCCGUCUCUGGUUCCACUUCUACACCUGUUUCUGCAGCUGUACUUUUUGAUAUUUAGAAUUUUAAAUUUCUGUAAAGUAGAUUUUUGUAGAUUGUAAUACAGUAUGUGUUCACUGCCUUUGUGAAACCAUAUAUAAUUGUAUAAUUUCUGUGUCUACUCUGAAUGCUUUUGCUUUCAGUGCGGUAUUCAGAAACGGCAAUAAAUGUUGACAUUUUUA